AUGGGCUUGGACACGGGUGGAGGCCCCGCAUCCUCACGCUGCGGGGUGGAGGUGGACAGCAGGAGUAGCUGUCUGAGCCGACCACCAGGGCUGGUGAGCCGCCUGCCACCCCAAAGCUCGGCUCUGAGCCAGAGUGGCAGGGGCUCCGCGUCCUCCGCCCGCAUGGAAGUUAGGAGCGGGGCUCCCGGGAGGCAGCUGUGUCCGCCUGCCAUCACCCUGCUGGCCCUCGUCCCUCUGCUCAGCUGCCUGUUCGCCUCCAGCGAAGCCAAGGUCUUCAGUCGCUGUGAGCUGGCCAGAGUGCUACAGGACUUUGGUCUGGACGGAUACCGGGGGCACAGCCUGGCCGACUGGGUCUGCCUGGCUUAUUUCACCAGCGGCUUCAACACGGGCGCUGUGGACCAUGAGGCCGACGGAAGCACCAACAACGGCAUCUUCCAGAUCAGCAGCCGGAAGUGGUGCAAAAGCCUCAUCCCGAACGCCACCAACCGGUGCCGGAUGUACUGCACUGACUUGUUGAAUCCUAACCUCAAGGACACUGUUAUCUGUGCCAUGAAGAUAGCCCAAGAGCCCCAGGGUCUGGGCUCCUGGGAGGCCUGGAGGCAUCACUGCCAGGGCAAGGACCUUGCUGACUGGGUGGAUGGCUGUGACUUGUGCCUGUCGGAGACCAAGCACCUCAGUGCUUCUGCACCUCACCUGUCCACCUGGGCUGGGCUUCAGGUGGACUCUAAAAAGCUGACCACGAAAAGUUUGCCUCCAUUCCUCGUAUGGCGGCCACCGUGCUUGGCCCUCCUGCUGGUGGCUGCGGACCCGCAUGCUCCUGCCACCCUGGGGUGGUGCCCAGGGAGGAACUCCAGGGGCUUCCGCUUCACCUCUCCCUGCUCUCCAGCGCCCUCUCGUGGCAGGAAAUUCAACACGCGGGAAGCUCCGCAGAAGGCAGCGCUGUCCCUCACUAGCCUGCAAGGUGGGUGUCUGAAGGAGGAAGGUGGGCGGAUUGUCAGGACCACGGUGGAUGUGGUGCCAAGAGCAGCCAUCCAGGUGACAGGGUGA